AUGUUUAUUUUAUCAAGAUUAUCAGACCUUAUACGGAUUCCACCAGAUCAAUUCAAUAAAGAACCUAAAAAGGCAUUAUUAAAUGAAUUACAUAAAAAAUACUCAAAUAAAAUUAUACAAAAUUUAGGUUUUGUUGUAUCUGUAUGGGAUUUAAUUAAAAUUGAUGAUGGUUUAUUAAAACCUGGUGAUGGUGGGAGUUAUAUCAAAUGUAUUGUUAGAGUUAUUGUAUUUAGACCUUUUGUUGGUGAAAUUUUAACAGGUUGGAUUGAUAAAUGUACUCCAGAUGGUCUAAAAAUUAAAAUGGCAUUUUUUGAUGAUAUAUUUAUACCGAAAGCAGCAUUAUUUGAAGGUUGUGAAUUUAGUCUUAAUGAUAAUGCAUGGAUUUGGAAUGCUGAUGGUGCUCAAUUAUAUCUUGAUGUUAAUGAAAAAAUAAGGUUUAGAGUCGAGCAGGAAAUUUUUAGAAAUGUUAAACCGAAGGGUCCAACUUCAAUAGAUGGUACCGUGAUAACUAAUGAUGAUGAUGAAGAUAAUGAUAAUGAAAAUGCUGAGAAACCUUCAAGUUAUGCAAUUUUAGGAAGUUGUCAAGCUGAUGGUAUGGGUCUAGUUAGUUGGUGGGAUUAA